GUUGAUUGUCUUUUGAGUAUCGACAACAUCAAUGACAACGAUUUGAAAAGUUGAACUCGCAAGUCAAUCUUCGGAAAACUGAAGCCUCUUGCAUACUUGCAGGUAUGGGGCUUACACCCCCCAGUCAUAUCACAUGUGUAUCAGCACUCCCGGUGCCCUCCCAGAUGCAGGAAGGAUUUAAAUUACUUGGUGAUGUGUACCGUGAAAUAGAUUGAAGCACAUAGUAACUAUGUUGGUCAAGCACGAACGGAGGGUAACAAGAAGUGAGUCGAAGCAUACAACCCUCAUAAUCAACAUGAUGGUGCAUCAGUUUCAUCAGACCUUGCUUCCACCAUCGUGCAGCUUUGUUGGCACGUGUUUGCGUGAUGGCCGCAUGCCUCCUCUAGGUUUUGACGGCGUUGAACGUUCUGUUCGCUCACACAGCUUGAUGAGAAAGGUUCAUGCUCCGACCCGCUGCAUCGUGGUUGAAGCAGACGACUACUGGAAAAAGCACGACGCAAAGCGCGCAGCAGGAAAGUGGAAUGACCGUUAAACUUAAUAUAGCCAGAUAACGGUGAGCAAAGUAGCGGUUCAAAUAGAAAGUGCGUACAUCCUAGUGCAAUAAAAGAAGACACAACAAUCGAUCAAUUGAAAUCGGCAACUGAAGGCAAACUCGGAAAGUUCUGAAAUGCAGCUGUGCGCAACAGGAGAAUCACAUGCGAACGGUUGACUCCCAUCAGGAGAGUCAAAGCAUAAAUUUCCAUUUGACUCGAGACAAGGUCGAUCACGAUCAAACCGAUGGAUGGGCUAGCAAUCUUGUUCUAGUUACCACAGGACAAAACAAAGCGAAUCAGGACAUUGAUAGGACUCUCCAACCUGUCAAGUUCAAAGCAAUUUAGUUCCAAACGACACGUAAGUCUCAGCUCCAUUAGCGACAAGAAUGAUUGCCCUGCAGGUGUUUGUGCAAACGUUGCUGGCUCUACCCUUUCAUGGGGCCUGCAGAUGCCACUGUACCAGCACUUCAAAGCCAUUGCAUACAAGGAGAGCAAAGAAAUCUUGGCUGCGAAAGAUAGUGCAUGCUCUCUAGCAGCAGGGUUGGCGACCAAUGUGGUGGUUCAUCCAGUCUUCUUGAUCAAGACACGUUUGCAGCUGCAGCGUGGACAAGCAGGCUACCGUGGAAUUCUCCAUGCUGUCACAACCAUCGCUGGUGAAGAAGGCCUGCAAGGCUUCUAUCGGGGCUUUGUCCCAUCCCUGAUGUUGUCUUCCCACGGUGCCAUUUUGCUGGUGGCUUAUGACCGCUUCAAAAACAAGUUUGAUUCAGUGCUUUUGGCAUCUGGCUCUGCGAAAGUCUUUGCAACUGUGGCCACAUAUCCUCUGCAAGUAAUCCGAUCGGUGAUGCAACAACGACCAACAGGGGGCACGUUCGAGUACUCCAACAUAUUCCGCACUGGACAGCUACUCUGGCAGCGAAAUGGAGUCACAGCUUUCUACCGAGGAAUUCUGCCCCAGAUGAUGCGAACAGUUCCACAAUCAAUGGCCUUCUUUUCCAUUUAUGAGUAUGCACUCACGGCCUUGCGAUUUCUUGGAACAAAGUCUUGAAAAGAGCUACCUAUGCCUUAUUACCCAUGCUUUGCUCGUGCGCAUGGACUCAGCUGGACGUCAAGCUGUGAAGCUAUCACUGCGUACCGAAGAUCAUCGGCAUCUUGACACUUCUCGCGGGCAGUGAAGCUGUGCCAAACGGUCCACACUUUCCCAAGAGAUGAACAAAUAGUGGGCAAUCACAUCGCUAUUAGGCCGCUCUUAGGCAGAGCACAGUGGGCGAGGGCGAGCGGCGAGUGGCAUCGACCAGACAGACUUGCCCGGGUCUGACCCAUCGGGCAGUGACGGGAACAGUGUGACACUGGGACCUUGGGCAUCGUCCGGACAAAGGACAUGUUGCACUUGCGCACGAUACACAGAGAGUGUGACAGCUUACAACUUAGUACAUCUUGGUACACUCUGAC